UGCCAUGAUGUUGAUUAUUAACGACUAUUGCGACAUAUUCGGACUUCUGCUAUAAGUCCGAUACAGCUCGCGACUUCGGCCCAGCAUCGUUAUUCUCAUUCUGUUCUCUACACAACAUGGCCAAGUUCAGCAAAUCUUCGUAUACAUUAGAUCUGGGUGAAUUGGGAUGUAUUGAGGGCCUCAGUGUCACAGACAGAUCGUCGUCCAAUGUCCUCUGCCACUAUUUUGGAGGCAUCCCUUACGCCCAUCCUGUAGAACGAUUUCGGGCACCUCGGCAUCUGCCACUGUCGCAUCGGUAUGGCAGCAAAGAGCAGCCAGCCAGUUAUAUCGGCCAAGCAGGCGUCUGUCCUCAGCCGGGCUUCAUUGGCCUACCAAAUCCUAGCAUAUGGGAUGAGGACUGCCUCCAGCUGAAUAUCUGGAUACCUUCGGGAGAUCGACCAGCAGAAGGCUGGCCAGUUCUCUUCUACAUUCAUGGAGGCUGGCUUCAGUUUGGUGAUCCGAACUUGGUUCCUGGAGCUCUGGCAGAACUCUUGAGCGAGACAGCGUUCAAAGCGAUCGUCGUCAUGCCUGCUUACAGACUAAAUGCUUUCGGAUUCCUGGCAGGUAAGGAACUGGAAGACGAGGCGAGAGGUAACAACGAAGCCUAUUCAAACUUUGGAUUUUGGGAUCAACGCACUGCCCUGGAAUGGACACAUGAUCGCAUUACGUCUUUCGGCGGAGACAAGGAUAAUAUCACUGUUGCUGGCUACUCUGCCGGUUCUUACUCAACUUUUCAACAGCUUGCUUACGAUGUAUAUCUUCCGGAGCGAUCUGCCAUCAUAAAACGAGUUGCAAUGCUGUCUAAUGGACCAGGUGUACAGCCUCGCUCAACUGAUGGUCACCAGAAGCAGUUUGAUGAACUCCUUAGAUGGCUGGACAUACCCCUCUCGCUGAGCCCGGCUGAGAAGUUGUCUCGUCUCAGAAAAGUUCCGUCCCGACAGAUGAUCUCUGCGCAGAGCAGCAUGAAGCUUCAUGAGUUUCGUCCUGUCACUGAUGGCUCAUUCAUCAGCAAAGAUAUCAUCCAAAGCAUCAACGAUGGUUCGUUCGCCAAACAACUCAUAGCCCGUGGUAUCAAAAUCAUGAACGGAGAAGUGCAAUCGGAGCACUACUUAUAUGGAGCAUGGCGUACUCCCGACUGGAGUUAUGAUGCCGUCUACGAGCGCCUCACGGCUGAUUAUCCAGAGUCCAAGGUCAAGAAACUCAUGGAGCUUCGUGUGCCAGGAAAGAAGCUCCCUGCUUUUGCUGAAGAUUGGCCUGAUCUAUUCGGUCGUCUAUACGCAGACGUCCAAGUUCACGACCUCGAGCGUGGUUUCGCAGACCGUCUUUCGAAAGGUGGUUUCACCAUCGGCAAAGAUCUCCUCCGCUACCGUAUCGACUGGCGGGCAAAGUGUGCUGACUUCAUCGCUCCUCCGGACUGGAAAGUCACUCACUCAACCGAUCGUGCAAUCUGGUUCUGGGGUUGUGGUUUGGGUCAAGGCUUGACUGUCGGCGAGAAGAAGAUUCUUGAGGAGGUCAACGGAGUCUUUGCUCGAUUUGUGAAGGGAGAAGAUGUGCAAUGGAGCCAACAAGGCCCGAAGAUGAUGUACAGACUCAAGUCAAACGGUGAGAUGGACAUGUGGGAGGAUGAUAGAUGGGAACGAGGUCUUGAAGGCUGGAAUGUCAUGAACGAAUGAGUAGGUGAUAUAGUAUCACUGCAGAAUAUGUUUUGGUGGGCUUUGUUCAUAAACGUCUCGUUUGUCUCAUUUGUCUCGGAAACAUGCCUGUCUUACUCGUCCUUCACAAUGAGCAAACCCCAC